AUGGGCAGCACCUCAAUGACGGUGGUUUGGUUCAGCAAUCGUAGGGCCCGUUGGAGGAAACAGAUGGGAAGUCAGCAGUUGAAUGGCUUUUCGGCCGCAUUGGCGACACUGCCAGCAAUGCACGCGUACUCCUCGUCCGCAACCAAUCCCUACUUGCAGUUCGCGGCGGCGGCUCAGGUCGACCCCAACCACUACUCUAACGCAUCGCAAGCGCUGACCAGUGAUGGCCGGGUAUACGCGUGGGGACAGAAUAUGUUUGGCCAAAUAGGGUGCACAGACGUUGACCAUGGUAGCGUAUAUGUUCCCAAAGAAUUAGGUUUUAAUGAAAACUGCCAAAUCAAUAGUGUCUACUGUUCACUCUACUCAUCAUUUGCCAUCACAACUGAUGGACAGGUGUUUAGUUGGGGUCGAAAUCAUUGGUACAAUUUGGGACACAAUAACUACAACGUGUGGACACCCACCGCUAUACACGAUAAGAAUACGUUUGAGUUAACCGGUGGUAAACACUCGGCAGGUGUGGGAACUGUUGGCUUUCAGGCCCCGGAAGUUUCCCGUGGACUGCCCUACAACCACUUGAGUGAUGUGUUUAGUUUGAGCAAGAUUGGCGAAAUUCUAUUUGAUCUAGAUAUUUCUGAUGUGGAUCCGGAUUGUCCAGGAAUAUAUUCAUCAAAUGAAAUGUUGAAUAAAUCGUGGUAUAAUUUGGUAGAGGUGUUGGCGGAGAUGUACUCGACUCCCCGGUGGGAAUCGCGGCCCGAGUGCUCACAAGUGCAAAAUUACGGAAUGGUUUGCGAGGCAAAUCCGAUCUACUCGGAUAAAGUUGCCAUAUAA